CUUUCUGAGGGCUAUGGUAAAAACAUAGCAAUACUCAGUGUUUUCAGAUAAGGUUUGUUUUGAUUUGCGUGUAUUGGAAAAAAGAAGAUUGUCAUUGGUUGAUGUAUUAUCGUGUUAAAUUCUUUUUUAGAAUGUCAAUCCAACAUUUAAUGUUAUUAUGUAUGGAGUUUUAGUAAUCGCAGGAAGUGAACAUUUCGUUGUGAAUUAUUAUGGACAAAUGAUAUCAGAUGCGUGUGAAAAUUUCUACAGCGAAUUGACAAGAUGUCCCUGGUAUUAUUGGGAUAAGAGGAAUCGAAGCAUUCUGCAAAUGUUAUUAAACGCAUCAAAAACACCUUUUGAAAUAAGCUGCUAUGGAUUAUCGGAAUUAGGUUUUCCCCUUUUGCUAAAAGGAAUCCGUUUUUGUUACACACUCUUCGCAUUGGUAAAAAAAUUCUAGAAAAUAAUAUGGAAAUAACAAGUAAACAAAUUUAGUCUAGUCAAUUAGGUUGUUGUUGUUGUUGUUGUUAUUAUUAUUAUUCUUGUUUUGGAACUCUCAAUAAUAACACAGAAGUGAACACUUUGGAAUUCUAUUUAAAUUCAUUGAUCAAAAGUUACCAUUGGAACAUCAAGAAAGAGGCCACACAGAAAAAAAAAGAAGAAAUUUAAUUGGCACAAACUACACAACAUAUAAAAUAUUGCACAUAAUAUCAAGCAAAAGGUUUCCAAUAAAACAUUUUUAAUUAGAAAUGUUUUAUUUACA